CCGGCGGUUCGUUCUCUUUCCCUCUCCUCCCGGAGGAAGAACGGAGGUUCGUUUUCUUUACCUCUCUUCCCGUGAGCUAAACAGACUCGGAGAGAGUCGGGGCAGGGUUUUCUCUCGCCUGGGGAAGAUGAUGGAUCUCCAGAAGCGGCGUGUGCAGCUCCUGCUCUUCAUCUUCGGUCUAAUAGUUCUUAGCAUGACAGCUGAAAAAUUCAGGGAAUUAGUCGGAGAAGAAGCUGCAUCCAAAAGUGGGAAGUUCACGUUCAUGAACUGUUUUGACAUGAGAUCUGGAAGUCUUGCCUGUGUGAGCAAAGAGGGGGUUAAGCUGUAUGUAUACAACAUCAGGAAUGCACAUGUGGAAAGAGUAAGGCAGCGAGCUACCGAGAUUGCUCUGAGUGAGGCAUUGACAGGGGGUGUGAGUACCAGCGUGGCUGUAAAGCAGGCACAGAAAGCUGGAGCAAAAGCUGCAAAGGUAGCUUCCAGGCAGGCCAAGCGCAUUUUAGGUCCAAUCAUAUCAUCAGGGUGGGAUUUCUUUGAAGCCUUAUACUUUGAGGGAACCAUGACAGAGGGUUUCCUCAGAGGAGCUGGCACGUCAUUUGGGACCUAUGCAGGAGGAUACUUUGGAGAGCAGAGAAUGGGAAGGUUUGGUUAUCUUAUGGGAAGCCAACUUGGUAGCUGGGUCGGAGGAAGAAUGGGCCUGAUGGUAUAUGAUAUUAUAAAUGGAAUGGAUUACUUGUUACACGUUGUUCAACCGGCUAGUUCUUCUACUGAUACUUGGGACUCUGGAUCAGAAGAUGCAUAUUAACUCGGCAGAAAAUUUCUAGUGUGAGAAUCCUAGUGAGCAAACUGGUGUUACAAAACUCCCACUGAAGCUUCCGAGGGCUGGACACACUUUUGAAACAAUUACUUCUGCUGGAUUCUGAUACAGAGUCAUGUGUAUAACUAUUGUUCCCUCGUAUUCCGUGUAUAAUUGGUUUUGGAGUGUCCCUUCCUUGCGGUGGAACAGACGAUCAAUUGCAGCAUGAGUUGAGUGACAGGUAAAAAAUGCAUGGCAUUAUUGGUUGAGGGGUUGAUGGAGUCUGGUGUUUUCCUAUUGCUAUUCGAAUUAAAUUUAUCGAAGCUGGUGACAGUUUUGACAAGAAAUUUUUUGAUGGAUGAAGUUUAUUUUCGUUUCAUCUCUUUGUAUAAACAUCUGUUUGUGGACUGUAC